AUGGAGACAUCUGGACACCCCCGGAGAGUGUCAUCCGAGAAGCUCUGCACACACGGUGUGUGGGACAGUCAGGAGGAAGUUCAGCCUCAGUCUUCUUCAAACCGCUCCUGCUCUUCUUCGGCUCUGCGCGCUCCGAGGCUCACAAACUUUUGCAUCAGGAUGUUUUACUUCCACUGUCCACCGCAGCUGGACGGAGAGUGCUGCCGCACGAACACGUUAAAUUCCAGUGGCUUUGGGAACCACCCCCCCACAGACUUUGAUGAUGGAUUUUUACGCAGAAAACAACGAAGAAACAGAACUACAUUUACGCUGCAACAGCUUGAGGCUCUGGAGGCCGUGUUUGCGCAGACACACUACCCAGACGUGUUUACGCGAGAGGAGCUGGCCAUGAAGAUCAACCUGACCGAGGCCAGAGUGCAGGUUUGGUUUCAAAACCGCAGAGCCAAGUGGAGGAAGACUGAGCGAGGGGGAGCAGACUCUGAGGGAGGAAAAGAGCCAUUGAGUGAGGGCUCUCCUCCGUCCCGCAGCAUCUCCCAGUCCCCUGUAGACCCGGGCCGGAAGCAGAAGGAGCCACUGGAGAUGCAACAGAGCAUCAACAGGACAGUGGGCCCCGGUCCGUUCUUUCCGUCUUGUAUACCAGGAUCACUUCUCAACUCGGCCACAUAUGCCCAGGCCCUGUCUCAGGUCGCCACUCUAAAAGGUAACGGCCUGUGCUCCUGCUGUGUGCCGGACCCUAUGGGCUUGUCCUUUCUGCCGCCCUAUGGUUGCCAGGGUAACCGCACUGCCAGUGUUGCCGCCCUGAGGAUGAAGGCUCGCGAGCACUCGGAGGCUGUCCUGCAGUCUGCUAACCUGCUCAGCUCCAGUGUGGGCCAUGGAGUCCUGUCCCCUCCUCUGCCCCGGUCAGCUGUGGGACCACCCAUAGAGGUGCCCAGCAGUGUGGGGAGAGGCCCAGACAGCUCCAGUGCCAGUCCUGUGGCCAAGCAUCUCAGACGCACACACGCCGGUUCCGCACUAGCUCUGGCCUACACGGUCAGACGCUUGAUGAGGGACAACUCCUCUAUUUCUGUCCCUGAUCCCUGCCAAGACUCAGAGAGACACAGAGCUGAAGACGGACUGUACUAUUGGGGCUUGGAUUACAUGGAUUUCGCUAUUGGAAUAACCCAUAUGUACCCCUGUAGUGAGGACUGA